AUGCUUAUCGUCGUUGGUGUAAAUGAGAAGGGCAAUUAUCUAAAUGUGAUGUUAAUGGUGACAUCAUGUGCCACUGGAGGCAUUCUUCAGUAUGGCUACAACCUUGUCAUAAUGAAUGCACCCACCAUAUUUAUUCAGAACUUUGUGAACGAGACAUUUCGGGAGCGCUGGGACGUUCAGCUGGAGGACUACCAGGUCACCCUGGUCUGGACUUGCAUCGUGUCCAUCUACUCCCUGGGGGGGCUGGCCGGAGCUCUUAUAGCUGGACCCAUGAGCAUAACCUUUGGAAGGAAGAAGACUAUGCUGUUGAACAAUAUCUUCUUGAUGCUGAGUUCACUCCUAGCAUUGACCAGCAGAGCUGCCAAGUCUUUUGAGAUGAUCAUCAUCUCCAGGGUCCUGGUUGGAAUCAAUGCUGGGAUCAGUAUGAAUGUGCAACCCAUGUAUUUUGGAGAGAGUGCUCCCAAGCACCUGCGAGGGGCUGCUUCCCUGUUGUCAGCCAUCUUCACAUCGUUUGGAGUGGUGUUAGGACAGGUUGUGGGUACAGGUUGUGGGACAGGUUGUGGGCCUCAGGUAGGCAACAGACAACACAACGACGAACAAAAGGAGGCCUGUAUCAAUGCCCUGCGGCGUCUGCGUGGCUGUGAGGUCCAGCGGUCAGAGUUGGAUGAGAUCCUCCAUGAGCAGGCUGAGGCUAAAGGCCUGAGGCCCAGCAGACCCUGGGAGCUGUUGGCUGACCGUAACGUCCGCUGGCAGGUGAUCUCCAUCAUCACCAUCAGCAGCGCCAUGCAACUCUGUGGCAACGACUCAAUCUACUUCUAUGCAUACUAUGUGUUUAAAGAGGCCGGGAUCUCUCCAGAUAUGAUCCAGUAUAUUACAUUGCACACAGGUGUAUGUGAAUUCACAGCCUGUAUAAUAUGUAGUGAGCUGGGUGAGUUCUGCUUCAUCCCGUUCACUGCUGUCUGUUUCCUGUCUGCUCUGUACGUGGGCCUGGUUCUGCCUGAGACCAAAGGAAAGACCUUGUCAGCUAUCGCCAGCGAGUUCCACAAGCUCAACUACAGGGGCCAGGACAAGCAGGGUCUACCUGCCCCUCAGGGAGAGGUCUGCCACUCCACUGCCCUGUAGGCCCACUGCUCUCUCACCCACGAACUACGACCUCUACACUGGACCACAGCACUAUUUAAGGUGUAUUAAUUAACUUUAAUUUAGCUUGAGAUCCCGUUGAGGUCAGAAUACCUGUUUUCCCACAGGAAACAUGAUUUUCCAUACUCUUGGUUUUGGGAAAAGCAGACAGAGGUGUAUUUGCUUUAAUUCAAAAUGAAAUUUAGGGUUGGGUUA